CCUUCCUGUCCCAGGCGGCGCCUCAGCUCGGCUCGGCACAGCUCGGCCGGGCUCUGCGCAGCACUACCGGGUCUGCGAGUUGAGGCGAGCCGCCCUGUCUGUCCCCCGUGUUGCCGCAGACCCCGCGCCGGCAUGUGGCGGCUCCUGGUCCUCCUGCAGGCUGCUGUCCUGCCUGUCCAGCUGUGCGAGGUGCCAGAGGCAGUGGCGGAGCAGGCACACAACGUCAGCGCCUGGCUCCUGGGCCUGGCCAAGGACCCGGCGCGGAAGGCCAACCCCAGCGUCUUCGUGGCCCUUCGCCUUGCUGAUGACCACAACCCGGCCUUGGAGGCACAGUACUUGGCGAGGCUGAAGGAUGCCUUCCAGGGCACCCAUGGCACGAGCUCGCAGGCGGCCAGCUGGCCCAAGCAGCCCCUUCACUGGCACUCUGCGGCACACCACAGCCGAGCAUCUGGCUCCCACAGCCGCCACAGGAGCACUGCAGGGACGGUGAGGAAGAGGGUCCGGCCCAACACGGGGCGCCUGGCACUGUACAUACUGGGGCUGCGGGCUGCCUGCCAGCCCCCAGCUGCCGGCGUCGAGGACCACCUGCUCACCCGGCUCAAGUACGCCCUGGAGAAGGACUGGACGGGCUCCCAGCGGCAUGGCCAUCCCCUCACCAAUUACUACCAGUACGGCCUGGGCAUCUUGGCUCUGUGCGUGCAACGCAAGCAGGUCAAGGAGGAGGUGAUUCACAGGCUCCUGGCGGCCCAGCAGCAGGGCAGGUUUGGGCACGGCGAUGGGCAUGCUGUGGACACGGAGGCCAUGGCGGGACUGGCCUUCGCCUGCCUGGACCAGGCGAAGCUUGUCCACAGCACGCUGGCCUUGGAGCUGCAGGAGGCUGUGCGGAAUGUGCAAGGGAAGCUGCUCCAGGUGCAGGACCGUGAUGGCUUCUUCGGCAAUGUCUUCAGCACCCCCUUGGCCAUGCAGCUCUUCAUUGCCACCAACACGUGCGAAUCGGAGCCAGAGUACAGCUGGGCCAGGACCGCCCUGCUGCAGAACCUGGACGCCUUCACCAACCCCAUGGCCAUAUCCCAGCUGCUGCCUGCACUGUAUGGCCGCAGUUACCUGGACAUCGCCUCCAUGCACUGCCAGGGGGAAAGAGGCAUGCUGCAGCCCAUCUCCCCCAAAGAGCAGCCCAUGGGGCAGGAGAAUAUCGUCGUGCGGCUCGUGGUGGAGUGCCCCAAGCGGCUGUGCCACCAUCAUGUGCUCUACAACCAGUCCAUGUCUGUGCCCGCUGGUUCCUCCCUCCUGGAUGUGCUGCAGGUGGCCUCGAAGCAGGGACACCAUGCCUUCACGUUUAAAACUCAGGACAGCCUCUAUGGCCCCUUUUUAACGGUGGUGAUGAAAGUGGAAGCCAAGUGGCAAGAGCGGAGGUACUGGCAGCUUCUCUCGGCGCCUGGCACCAGCCUGCAGAUGGGUAUGGCCGACUACAAGCCUCAUGACGGGGAGACCCUCAUCCUGCGGCUGAGCAAGUGGUAGCUGGCGCAUGCCUGGCUGCUGCGCGGGGGGGGCAUGUGGCUGAAGUUGAGCAGCAAGUGGCACCGGGUGGCAUGGGCCCCUGGCGCCACCGUCCUGGAGAGGAGAGCUCUGGCUAAUGGGGCCAAUGCCAAUGAAAUGCCUUUCUUGCACUGCAA